UAAAGGCUUUUUAAAAAAAAAACAUUUAAACGGUCUAGCGCAAACACAAUAGGGAAACCAGGAAAUGCAACCUUGGGUAAUAUUCCCACAUUGUUGUUCGCUUUUAUAGAGGUGUCACUAUUUCGGUUUGAGAGUUUCCGUCUGGAACUGAUAGAGGAACCGAUGGGAGCUAUUUGCAAUGCAGUGUUGUCAUGAGUAGAAACCACUGGGUUUCGUUGUGUGCUUGUCAGUGUGCGAACUUCGGGAGACGGAGCACUGACACGGACACGAAUGAAUGCGCUGUCCACUGAAGUUGCAAUGUAUUCUGAUGAGGAUAACCAGAAUUAUGAGGACUGGAUGUCAAGUUUGCCCGAGGAGUUGUGGGAUGUGCCUCUUUCAAGUCUUGCCAUACCAGGAAGUCAUGACGCUAUGAGUUACUCCCUGGACAUCAACUCUCCUCUGAUCCGCUCUGAGUCCGACACCUUUAGACUCCUGGAUGGUCUCUUCUACUGCCUCACCAGACCUGCUAUCUACAGGUGGUCUACCACACAGGGAAAAGGUAUUGUGGAGCAGCUUUCAGAGGGGAUUCGAUACUUCGACCUCAGAAUCGCCCACAAACCGUACGACCCGUCCAACGAACUGUAUUUUACACACGUCAUUUACACUCAUCUGACAGUGGUGGAAACUCUGAGGGCCGUAGCCUCGUGGUUGGAGUCUCACUCCAAGGAGGUUGUUAUCCUAGCAUGCAGUCACUUUGAAGGACUCACCGAAAGACUACAUGAACAUUUAAUUUUCUCCCUGAAGAAAAUCUUUGGGUCUAAACUCUGUCCUCGCAAGGAGACAAUGGUGACCCUGCGUGGUCUGUGGGCAAUGGGUUACCAGGUACUGCUGUCGUAUGAUGACCAGUCAGCAGCACGACACCAGGCUCUGUGGCCAGGUAUACCGUACUGGUGGGCCAACCAAAACACAGCCAGCGGCGUGGUCAGCUAUCUGGACUGGCAGAAAGACAUAGGACGCCCAGAUGGUUUCUUUGUGUCCGGUCUGAACCUGACGGCUGACCGCUCCUACAUCGCGCUACACCCCCGGCAGUCCCUGCAGACCCUAACCCUGGCUAACUGGAAGGAGCUGAGGUCGUGGCUGGAGCAACAGGUCCCUGGACCACACUCUAACAACCUCAACAUCAUAGCAGGAGACUUUAUAGGACCUGUCCCCUUCUGUCCUCUAGUCAUCAACCUCAAUAGAAAACUGUUACGGCAGCAGAGGAAGGAUCAGAGGACUCUUAAAGCAGAGGACAGAUCAGAGGACUCUUAAAGCAGAGGAUUCAAAGAGAACAGGAAACUGCUACGUCAGCAAGGUUACGACAACCAGUCAUUAUUUGGUUUCACUGGGAAUCAUACUGACCAUAGAAAGUCAUUCCAAUAGAAGCCCUAGAUACUUCAGAAAUGAUUCACACCCUUUGACUUUUUACACAUUUUGUUACAGCCUGAAUUUAAAAUGGAUUAAUUUGAGAUUUUGUGUCACUGGCUUACACAUAAUUCCACUUUGACAUUAUGGGGUAUUAUGUUUUUAGAAAUUAAUUAAAAAUGAAAAGCUGAAAUGUCUUAAGUCUAUAAGUAUUCAACCCUUUUAUGUCAGGAGUAAAAUGUGGAGUAAGGAGUAACCGUGCUUAGCAAGUUGCAUAGACUCACUCUGUGUGUAAUAAUGGUGUUUAACAUGAUUUUUGAAUGACUACCUCAUCUCUGUACCCCACACAUAAAAUUAUCUGUAAGGUCCCUCUGUUGAGCAGUGAAUUUCAAACACAGAUUCAACCACAAAGACCAGGGAGGUUUUCCAAUGCCGACACCUAUUGGUAGAUGGGUAAAGAUAAAAAAACAGACUGAAUAUCCUUUUGAGCAUUGUGAAGUUAUUAAUUACACUUUGGGUGGUGUAUCAAUACACCCAGUCACUACAAAGACACAGGCGUCCUUCAUAACUCAGUUGCUGGAGAGGAAGGAAACCGCUCAGGGAUUUCACCAUGAGGCCAAUGGUGACUUUAAAACAGUUACAUGGCUGUGAUAUGAGAAAACAGAGGAUGGAUCAACAACAUUGUAGUUACUCCACAAUACUAACCAAAAUGACAGAGUGAAAAGAAGGAAGCCUCUACAGAAUAAAUGAUAUACCAAAACAUGCAUCCUAUUUGAAAGAAGGCACGAAAGUAAAACUGCCCCAAAAAAUUGGCAAAAUAAAUGAUCUUUAUGUCCUGAAUACAAAGCGUUAUAUUUUGGGCCAAUCCAACACAUCACUGAGUACCACUUCAUAUUGUCAAGCAUAGUGGUGGCUGCAUCAUGUUAUCGGUGUGCUUGCCAUCGGUAAGGACUAGGGAGUUUUUAUGAUGAAAAGAAACGGAAUAGAGCUAAGCACAGGAAAAAUCCUAGCGGAAAUAUCUGGUUGUCUGUUUCCAACAUACACUGAGAGAUGAACUCACCUUUCAGCAGGACAACAACCUAAAACACAAGGCCAAAUGUACACUGGAAUUGCUUACCAAGAAGAUGGUGAAUAUUCAUCAGUGGCCUGGUUACAUUUUGGACUUAAAUCGUCUUAAAUCUAUGGCAAGACUUAAAUGGCUGUCUAGCAAUGAUCAACAACCAACUUGACAAGAGUUUGAAGAAUUUAAAAAAUAAUCAUGUGCAAAUAUUGUACAACCCAGAUGUGGAAAACUCUUAGAGACCCAGAAAGACUCACAGCUCUUAGAGACUUACCCAGAAAGACUCACAGCUCUUAGAGACUUACCCAGGAAGACUCACAACUCUUAGAGACUUACCCAGAAAGACUCACAGCUCUUGGAGACUUACCCAGAAAGACUCACAGCUCUUGGAGACUUACCCAGAAAGACACAGCUCUUAGAGACUUACCCAGAAAGACUCACAGCUCUUAGAGACUUACCCAGAAAGACUCACAGCUCUUAGAGACCCAGAAAGACUCACAGCUCUUAGAGACUUACCCAGAAAGACUCACAGCUCUUAGAGACCCAGAAACACUCACAGCUCUUAGAGACCCAGAAAGACUCACAGCUCUUAAGAGACUGACCCAGAAAGACUCACAGCUCUUAAGAUACUGACCCAGAAAGACUCACAGUUCUUAGAGAUUUACCCAGAAAGACUCACAGCUCUUAGAGCCUUACCCAGAAAGACUCACAGCUCUUAGAGACUUGCCCAGAAAUACUCACAGCUCUGAGAGACUCACCCAGAAAGAUUCACAGCUCUUAGAGACCCAGAAAGACUCACAGCUCUUAGACUCACCCAGAAAGACUCACAACUCUGAGAGACUUACCCAGAAAGACUCACAGCUCUUGGAGACUUACCCAGAAAGAUUCACAGCUCUUGGAGACUUACCCAGAAAGACUCACAGCUAUUAGAGACUUACCCAGAAAGACUCACAGAUAUUAGAGACUGACCCAGAAAGACUCACAGCUCUUAGAGACCCAGAAAGACUCACAGCUCUUAGAGACUGACCCAGAAAGACUCACAGAUGUAAUCGCUGCCAACGGUGAUUCGAACAUGUAUUGAGUCAGGGGUGUGAAUACAUAUGUAAAUGAGAUAUUUCUGUAUUUCAUUUUCAAUAAAUUUGCUAAAUAUUCUUAAAACAUGUGUUUAGUUUGUCGUUCUGGGGUAUCGUGUGUAGAUGGAUAAAACCAAUUAAUAACUGUUUUAUUCAAGCUGUAACACCGUGGAAUAAGGCACGGGGAAUGAAUACUUCCUGAAGCCACUGUACCUCAUACUUACACCCCUUAUUCCGCCUUUCAAUGCUAUGGAUUUUUCUACAGAAAAACUGUUACAUGACUCUUACAGUACAGGUCAAUAUUUUGUUUUAGGGAGUCAUUAAGCCCACAAAAAGUCAUUCCAAAAUAACCACUACAUAGGCUACCUCUUAUACAUUCGUUUUUCCUUUUUCUAUUCAAUGAAUUUUAAAAUACAGGAAUAUUCUACUUUUUACAGUGAUACGAUAUUCAAUGUAAGAGAUCAAAUGUUACACAUGCAGUGUUUCUCCACUAAUACAACCAGAUCAGGUGAAUGUUUCUCCACUGAUACAACCAGAUCAGGUGAAUGUUUCUCCACUAAUACAACCAGCUCAGGUGAAUGUUUCUCCACUGAUACAACCAGAUCAGGUGAAUGUUUCUCCACUGAUACAACCAGAUCAGGUGAAUGUUUCUCCACUGAUACAACCAGCUCAGGUGAAUGUUUCUCCACUGAUACAACCAGAUCAGGUG